AUGUCAGAGUCAUUAAGAGGCGGAUUGAGUUUGGGACUUAGUGGUUUUGGGUUUUGGAGUCAUGAUAUUGGUGGUUUUGAGGGCUCGCCUGAUCCAUCGAUCUAUAAGCGUUGGUGUGCAUUCGGUCUUCUAAGUUCCCAUUCUCGUCUCCAUGGAAGCGACUCAUACCGAGUACCUUGGAAUUUUGAUGAUGAAUCUAGUAUCGUCUUGGCUAAGUUUACAAAGCUCAAAAUUUCGCUUAUGCCUUAUAUUUUCAACAUUGCAAUUAAUGCUCAUAAAAAUGCUGUCCCGGUCAUGCGUGCCAUGCUCUUAGAAUAUCCUAAUGACAGUACAGCUUUCACAGCAGAUACUCAAUAUAUGCUAGGUGAUAGCUUGCUUGUUGCUCCAGUGUUUUCUGCUGAAGGAUAUGUUGAUUAUUAUGUACCAGGAGGAUCAUGGUAUGGAUUAUUGGAUGGAAAAGUUAGAGCAUCUACGGACGGAAAAUGGUUUAAAGAAAAGCACAAUUAUAUGUCACUUCCCUUAUUAGUUCGCCCAAAUUCUAUUAUAAUUACUUCAGGCCCUGAGCAUCUCAACGAAAAGCCUGAUUAUGCCUGGAAUGAAAACUUUAUGAUUAAUUUGUAUGCUGUUAAUGAAAAUAUCUCAACAAAAAUCCCUGACCACCGUAAACCAGGUGAAUACAAUGCGACUGUAAUUGUUGAAGCAAAAGGAAAUAAAUUGAAUGUAUCUGUUGAAGGUGACUUUAAAAAGCCUUAUACUAUUAGGAUUCUAGACUCAAAAGACCAGGUAAUUAGAUCUGAAAAGGGUGCUACUAUUAUCGGGGCCGAUGAACAUGGAAACAAGUUGAUAAGUGCAGAAAAUGGGAAUGUUGGCCUUGAAAUUAAUUAG